CUUGAGAGCCAUGUCGAUGGAAGAGCUGGCAGCGUGCGUGAGCGCGCUGCCAAAGUCAGCCCUGCGGCCGCCUGCCAGGGCCGAGCUGUCACUGCGGCCUAGCCAGUCUGAGGUCCUAGCCGCAGCGGGCGUGAAAGCGGCGCCGAAGCCGAAGCGAGAAGAGUGCGAGGUUGGGCCGGAGCUGGAGCCGCUGUUGGUGCAGUGGUGGGACCGCCUGGGCGCCGGCGCCGAUGCGUCCCGGUCCCGGCAGGCGUUGAAGGCGGAGCUGGCCGCGGAGGAGGCGAAGGGCCGGCAGCAGCGCCAGGAGGCGGAGACCGCGCGGUGCCAGGACCUCGAGAUGCUACGCGUCGUGCUGGGCGGCCGCGUCCUGGCGCUGGACCUGUCGUCCUCGCUGCGGGAUGUGCGGCUGCUCGGGGCCUGCGGCUCCGCCGCAGCCCUGGCGGAGGCGCUCUCCGAGCUGCUGCUCAGCCUGCGCCGGGCUGCGGCACUCUGCGGUGCCCACCGCCAGGAGGUGGAGUUGGCCGAGGCGCAGCACCGCGACCGCCGUCAGCAGCAGGAGGAGCAGAGCCGGCAGCGCCGCGUGGAGCUGAUCCGGCGCCUGGCGAAAGCAGGGACCGGGAGAUUCGGAGCCAGCGCAGGUGAUCCCCUGGAGCUGCUUUCUGCUGGUGGCGUGCCCUUGUUGGCGGAGAUCGCCCAUGAGGCCAGCCAAGCGGGAGUUGACAUUGCUGCCAUUGCUGCUGCUGCACGACUCUCCAAGAUGCAAGGCUCGACCGCGGAGCGGCUGCACUCGCUGCUGGCGCUGGCCAAGGUCCGCCAGCCCCCGACGCGGACGGUGGAGCUCCGGGCAGACCAGCUGGGCCGGUCGCGCUCGCGGAGCCCCGUGAGCGGACAAAGCGCGGCAUCCGUUCGACUCCUUUCGGCGUUUCGAGCAAGUCCGGAAGAAGCUUUGAGUCGUUGGAGGCCGCCGUAUCUUUCACAUUGCCGUUUGGCCGUUUGGCUAGCUGACGGUGGCCCGCUGAAGAGCGUUCGCUACGGACAUGAAGCCAGAGCCCAAGAGCCCAAGAGCCCCAGCGCCGUGGAGCCUCCGGACGAGCGAGAAAUUCAGAGCUCGCCCGAGGAGCGAAAGCGCAAGCGCGAUGACAAGAAAGAGAAGAAGGAGAAAGAUCGCGGGGACCGUAGGGAGAAGGACAGGGAGAUCAGAGACAAGGAUCGAGAGAGAGACAGGGAGAGGGAGGAUCGAAAGCGCAGGGAGAGGGAAAGCCCUCCACGGCAGUCGCCUCCAAAGGAGCCGCCAAAGCCUCCGAUCAAUUGGAGGGAAGAGGCGGAGGAGGGAGAGGACCUUCGAGACAACUCGGACGAUGAGGAGGCCGCCGCUCGGAAGCUGGAGGAAAGCCGAAAGCGCCGAGCUGCCAUGCUGGCCCAGGUGAAGGAGAAUUCGAAGAAGGAUCCUUCGAAUCAGGCGAACGAGACGGCCUGGGCCGUGGGAUUGCCGGUGCUGGUGGACGCAACUCGCUUGGUUCAAGAGACUGAGGAGGAGUGCCAUGUGGUCGACAUGCAGGCGGCCCUGGAGAAGACCGGGGAAGCUUGGUUAGUGCGAAAGUUGAAGGUGGCCCAGGCGAGACCAAAGCGGCUGCGCGACGGCUCGCUGGUGCAGCAUGUGCUGGAUACCUCAAAGCCGGUGCCUUGCAGCAUGUCCUGGUCGCCGGUGGGAAGCCUGCUGGCGCUGGCGGACACUUCGGGGCGGCUGCUGGUGUUUGCACCCUGCGAUGCGGCAGCACCCGUGGCGGACCUCAGUGAGGAUCUCAGGUCGGAGUCUGCAGUGGUGGAGGUGUGCUUCGCCCCCACGCCGCUCGAGGGCUCGCGCUCGCUGCUCUGUGCGUCACGGGGCUCCUGCGCCGUGCUCUGGGAGGAGAGACCCUCCGAGAAAUCCAAGGAGAAAGAGCGCAGGUUCCAGGUGCUGAAGCGUGUUGUGCUGGAGAACGAGGUCAUCACCAGCUUGGAUUUCUCACGCAGCAGCCGCAAAGUCAUGUUCCUGGCGCUGGGCACCAAUCUGGGGAACGUCUACGGCAGGAAGCUGGCCUUGGCCUCGAUGUCCAUGUCGUCCGUGCCAGUCCUGGAGGUGCGGAGCUGUAUCUCAGAGGUGCGGGUCCUCACAGAGUUUGGCAAUGGGAUGGAGCUGCUGGUGGCCGUGUCGCACGGGGUCCAGGUGUCGGCGGCCGUUCUGGUCCUGUCCAACAGCGAGGUGAAAUCCGUGACCCGGUUCGCUGCGCAUGCCCCGCAGCACGGGCUGCCAGUGGUGUCGCUUUGCUGUGACACUUCGGGGUCUUUGACCACUCUGCGCCAUGAGAGCUUCGUGGCAAGGGCCAACGUGCUGUCCUUGGACCCUCUGGGCCACGCGGUCAUUUGGCGGCUCGAGGGCGGCAUGAUGCAGGUGGCCAAGCUGUGCAGUUUGGUGCCAGCAAGCUUGCAGAACUUCCUCACGUCCGUGGAGCAAGCGGCGCUUUGCAUGGAAGCUCGCAUGGUGAGAACAGCAGCCCGCGAGCGGGAAUGCGCUCAGGGCAAUCUCUUCUGCGGCGCAGCGCUGUCAGCAUCCCACUGCAUGCUCGUCGUGCAGAGCGUGGCAACCUCAAUCCGCACCACGCAGAUGCGACCCGUGACCUAUGUGCUGGCAACGCCUCUGGGGGACCCGGAGCAAGUCUUCGGCGCGCUGCUGUGGCGGGCGGGCCAGGCUCUGCGGGAGAGCCGGGAGAGCCGGGAGAGCCGGGAGAGUCCGGGUCCGGGUCCGAGUCUGCGGCUAAGCCUUUGGGAUGUGCACUGCGCGUGGCGGGCCGUGGUGGCUCCGGCCCUGCCUCUCAAGCCCACAGAGGCCACCGAGCUGCCGUGCCCGGUGCUGGAGGCCACCCUGACAUGGCUUUGGGGCAUCGCAGACACGCUGGUGGCCAUUUGCCAGAGCAUCGCGGAAGUGAGCCAGAGCUGCCAGAGCUCGGGGCGGUCCAACUUUGUGUUGCGACAGCAGGCGGCGAGCAACCUGCGACCGCCGCAGGUCCCAUCCAAGAGCCUCACGGAGCGCUGGGCCAGCGCCAGCGACGCCCAGAAGCGCUUCCUUAACUUCUUGCGGGACGAGCUCGCCGAGAGUCUGGCCGCGUGCCAGCUGCGCAACGCCCUGCUGCAGCUGGGCCGCAACGCCACCAAGGAAAAGACCUACCAGGACCGGAAGUACACGGAGGCGAAUGAGGCGAAUGAGGCGAAUGAUUCCGUGCUACUGGCGGCGACUUUGCGGUACUGGCAGCAGCGGCUCUCCGGGACUUCCGGGACACUGCCCAAGAACAGCCCGGCUCGAGACAAGGUGCUCGCUCACUUGGCUCAACAGAGUGGCUCCAAAGGCUUGACAGUCAGCUGCCGCCUUUGCAAGAAGACAGCCUCCAUUGAUCCAGCCAUGACGCGGACUAGUUGCCAGCUGCACGCUGUGCCGCUCUGCCAGCGCAAGCUGCUGCCACUUCUCAGCGAGCCGCAUUUACUGUGCGGCUUCUGCGGACGGCACACCUCACUAGAAGAAGGUGAUCCGAACGGUGAUCCCGGGAUCUGCGCAUGGUGUGCCGCUCCAGCCCAGAGGUGA